GCCUGGGGGCCCCCGGAGAGCAGCAGCGUCCCCGCCAGGCCUGUCAGAGCGUCCCAGCGCACCAUCCUCCUCACGGACACAGAAACUGCUGCCCACACCUCUACCCUGAGCUGCCUGCUGGGGGCAUGGAGCUGCCAACAAAGCUUGACACUUUCGACCUGGGCCUGACCACAUGGAGCCCUACCUUCCAAGGGGGAAACCACUGGGCUCAGGCACGCUGCAGGGACGUUGGCAGGCAGCUGCCUAAGUACAAGGCAGUGGUGGUGGGCGCGAGUGGCGUGGGCAAGAGUGCGCUGACCAUCCAGCUGACCCACCAGUGCUUCGUGGAGGAACACGACCCCACCAUCAAGGAUUCCUACUGGAAGGAGUUUGCCCUGGACAGCGGGGACUGCGCUCUGAACGUGCUGGACACAGCAGGGCAGAACAUCCACAGGGCCCUGCGUGACCAGUGCCUGGCUGACGGUGAUGGUGUGCUGGGCGUCUUUGCUCUUGAUGACUCCUCAUCUCUGAUCCAGCUACAGCAGAUAUUGGCCGCCUGGGGCCCUCACCCUGCCCAGCCCCUUGUCCUUGUGGGCAACAAGUGUGACCUUGUGACCACUGCUGGAGAUGCUCAUGCUGCUGCCGCAGCCCUCGCACACAGCUGGGGUGCCCACUUUGUGGAGACCUCAGCCAAAACACGGCAAGGUGUGGAGGAGGCCUUUUCCCUGCUGGUCCGUGAGAUCCAGAGAGUCAAGGAGGCCAUGGCGGAAGAGACCAGGGCAAGGUCCUGUGUGAAGACCCGGCACCAGAAGGCCACCUGCCACUGUGGCUGCACUGUGGCCUGAAGGUCUUGGCCAAGAAAUGUAGACCCUCCCCAGGCCAGGAUGA